AUGGGGAACGCUCCGAGUCACAGCAGUGAAGACGAGGCGGCAGCCGCCGGGGGCGAGGGCUGGGGUCCGCACCAGGACUGGGCCAAGGACUCGGGGACGACCCCCGGCCCGGGCCCCGUGGCCCCGGCGCUACCUCCCGCCGCAGCGCUACUGGAGCCGGCCCGACUGCGAGAGGCGGCGGCUGCGCUGCGGCCCCCCGGCGAAGAGUCCGUCACCCUGGAGCAGUUCGGGGAGCUGCUGGAGGCUCGUGGCGCCGGCUUCUCGGGCGAGCGGUUCGAGGAGGCCUUUGCCCAGUUUGAUGCCGAGGGUGAUGGUACCGUUGAUGCUGAGAACAUGUUGGAGGCUCUCAAGAAUUCCAGUGGAGCUAAUCUUCAAGGGGAGCUGAGCCAUAUCAUCAGACAGCUGCAAGCCUGUUCUCUUGUUCCAGGUUUCAUAGACAUAUUUUCAGAGUCCAAGGAGGGCCUGGAUGUUCACUCAUCAAUGAUCCUGCGCUUCCUGCAUCGCAACCGGCUCUCUAGCACCGUCAUCCCCUACCCUAUGUUGGACCACUGCAAUAACAUGAGCACCAUGAGGGCUUCUGUUCUGAAGGACUCUCUGGAUCAACUGGUACAAAAAGAAAAGGAGAGCCCUGGAGAUCUAACUAGAAGUCCAGAGAUGGACAAACUCAAGUCAGUAGCAAAGUGCUACGCUUAUAUAGAAACAUCCUCCAACCCUGCAGACAUUGACAAGAUGACAAAUGGAGAAACGUCAUCAUACUGGCAGUCAGAUGGCAGUGCCCGCUCACACUGGAUUCGUUUAAAAAUGAAGCCAGAUGUUGUGCUUAGGCACCUGUCCAUUGCAGUGGCUGCCACUGACCAGAGCUACAUGCCGCAGCAGGUGACUGUAGCUGUGGGGAGGAGUGCCAGCGAUCUUCAGGAAGUCCGCGACGUGCACAUUCCCAGCAAUGUCACUGGCUAUGUGACACUGCUGGAAAAUGCCAACAUCAGUCAGCUCUAUGUCCAGAUUAACAUAAAGCGUUGUCUUAGUGAUGGAUGUGACACUAGAAUUCAUGGUCUGAGGGCUGUUGGCUUUCAGAGAGUCAAGAAGUCUGGGGUCUCAGUCUCAGAUGCUUCUGCAAUAUGGUAUUGGUCUCUGCUGACAUCUCUGGUGACGGCUUCCAUGGAGACAAAUCCCGCCUUUGUCCAAACAGUGCUACGCAACACUCAGAAGGCACUGCAGCACAUGCCUCCACUUUCCCUCUCACCAGGAUCUACAGAUUUCUCAACUUUCCUGUCUCCCAACGUUCUGGAAGAAGUGGACAGCUUCCUCAUAAGGAUAACUAGCUGCUCUUCUACUCCAGAGGUGGAGCUGACUCUUCUGGCUUUUGCACUAGCAAGAGGGAGUGUUGCCAAAGUGCUGAGCUCUCUGUGUGCUGUCACUGACCACCUGGACACACACUAUGAUGCCUCAUCCCUCAUCUCAUCCAUGGCAUCAGUCAGGCAGAACCUGCUCCUUAAAUAUGGUAAACCCCUGCAGUUGACUCUUCAGGCCUGUGAUGUCAAGGGAAAAGAAGAGAAGUCAGGACCUGAAAACCUCCUUGUUGAGCCAUGGACGAGGGACGGUUUUCUCACAGAGACUGGAAAAACCAGAGCAAGUACUAUUUUUUCUACAGGAACUGAAUCUGCCUUCCAAGUUACUCAUAUCAGAAUUAUGGUUCGACGUGGUGGCAUUGGUGCCCAGUGUGGGUUGGUGUUUGCCUAUAAUUCAUCUUCUGAUAAAUUUCAUGCAGAAGAACACUUCAAAAGGUUUGAAAAAUAUGACAAAUGGAAGCUUCAGGAAUUCAGGCAAUUUGUAAAAAGCAGGAUUGGUUGCCUGUCUGAUAACCUUGGCGAGGAUGAUCCUAUUGGCUGGUUUGAGCUGGAGGAAGAGUGGGAUGAAGCAGAUGUCAAGUUGCAACAGUGCAGGGUUGCCAAGUAUUUGAUGGUGAAGUUCCUCUGCACCCGCCAGGAGUCGGCAGAGCGCCUGGGAGUACAAGGCUUGAGCAUCAGCGGGUACCUUCGGCCCGCGCGGGCAGAAGCAGAGCAGAGCAUUGUCCGUACUCACUGCAGAAAGGGCGUGGAGGAGAGCGUCUGUGGGGCCACACUGCUCCUCAGGACCCUUCAGUUCAUCCAGCAGCUCGCCCACGACCUGGUACAGCAGAAGGAAAGUGGCUUAAAAUACAGAUCUUUUCUGGACUUCGCGGGUCUUGAUUUGCAGAUCUUCUGGGAUUUUUACAGUAAAUUAAAGCAAAACCCAAGGGAAGAAUGCGUCUGUGCCCAAACCCUGCUUCUGCAGCUCCUCCAGAGCUGUUUCUCCGUGCUGCAAGGAGACGUGUCGGCCACCUCUGAGGACGCCAAGGCUCCAAGCAUGAGCCGUAGGCGGGUAGAGGCCGCCAAGGAGCUCUACACACACCUGUGUGAUGUGGUGGAUAGGGUGGAUGGAGACUCUGCACCCAUGGAAAUACUGAAACAAGAAGUCAGGAAUACCCUUCUUAAUGGGGCUGCCGUCUUCUUUCCUGAUCGACAGACCCGGCGGGACCAUCUCUUCACCAUGAUGAAUGUCACUGAGCAGGAACACAAGCAGUCCCUGCAGCUCACUUUCCGCUCACUCUGCACGUAUUUUAGUGAUAAGGAUCCAGGCGGCCUUCUGCUGUUACCUGAGAAAGGCGACCUGGCCGACAUGGACAUCAGUGAAGUGCUGGCGGUCAUGAGCACUCUGCUCUCUGUUGCUGCUCGAGAGUGUGAGCUGUUGAUGGUCGAUGGGGCCCAAGGGGAGGUGGGCUCUGUGCUCUUCUCCCUGUUCUGGUCUGUCCAAGGCAGCCUCCUGUCCUGGUGCUACCUGCAGCUGAAGAGCACGGACUCUGGAGCCAAAGAUCUUGCCGCUGACCUUAUUGAAAAAUAUGUGGGACAGUUUCUGGCACGCAUGAGAGUGAUUUUGGAAUCCCUUUUGUCACAAUAUAGCGGGAAAACUGUAGUAGAAAAAUUAUGUAAUUCGGUGUUUUCAAUGGCAGCUCGUCAACUGGUGAUCUUUCUGCUGGACUUUUGCACAUUAGAUAUUUCACACUGCACGCUCUUGAGAGAGUUCAGUGCCCUGACAGAGCUGUUGAAGGAGCUCUGCAGUGACCCUGAUGGAGGACUGAACAAGCUGGAUGUGGAGACUUGGCAACAGGAAUGUCCUGUGGUGUUACAUACGUGGACCAAGGAGUCUGCUCACAACUAUGAAAAUAACUGCCAUGAGGUGUCUGUCUUUGUUAGCCCAGGGGCAACCUAUUUUGAGGUGGAAUUUGAUGAGAGAUGUGAAACUGAGAAAAGGUAUGAUUAUCUGGAAUUUACCGACGCUAGAGGUGGGAAAACACGCUAUGACACAAAAGUCGGCACUGAUAAAUGGCCCAAGAAAGUGACCUUUAAGGCUGGUCCCCGGCUGCAGUUUCUCUUUCACUCUGACAGCAGCAACAAUGAGUGGGGCUACAAAUUCACCGUCACUGCCUAUGGCCUGCCUGAUGUCGCCGUGUCUUGGGGCUUGGAUUUACAGCUCCUUGUUUCCCGGCUGAUGGGACGCCUCGCUUCCCAGUGCAUGGCACUCAAAUCCGUGCAUCAGUUAGGAAGUAACAUGGCAAUACCUCAGGCAAAAAUGGCAUUAGUCCUAAACUCCCCCUUGUGGAAACCUGUCUUCAGGCACCAAAUAUGUCCAGAGUUGGGAUUAGAAGCAAGCUGGCCCACUCACCCACCCCAGGAUAAUAAGGAGGUUAAGAACAUCCCUGAUGAUCCCUGCCACCAAUUUCUUCUUGACUUUGCACAGUCAGAUCCUGCCCAGAACUUCUGUGGGCCAUAUUCAGAACUUUUCAAAGGAUUCAUACAGGCAUGUAGAAAACAGGCCCCAAAGACAGAUAUAGUUGCUGGUUCCACUAUUGAUCAAGCUGUGAACGCCACCUUUGCUGCUCUGGUGUAUCGCACUCCAGAUUUAUAUGAGAAGCUGCAAAAAUAUGUAAACAGUGGGGGCAAGACAGCCCUGAGUGAGGAGUUCGCACAGGUGUAUUCCUUGGCAGAUGGGAUUCGAAUAUGGAUGUUAGAGAUGAAGCAGAAGUCCCUGAUGAGCCUGGGGAAUGAGGCAGAAGAACAACGUGGGCCAGAAGCUGCUGAGGUGCACCCCGCGAGCCUGGAGUGUAUUCAGAAGAGUCUUCUACUACUGAAAUUUUUGCACAUGGGUGUAAGUUCAAAAGAAGGCUGUGACAAGUUGGUGGCUGUAGAUGACACAGAUCAUCUGCGGCCACUGGACAAGCGCCAGAGUACAAGCUCUGUGGUGGAAGAACAUUUCCAAGCCUCUGCAUCUCCCACCAAAGCAGCGCCCCCUGCUGUGGAAGAUAGGAGUCCUGGCUUGGAUGUCCUGCCCACGCUGCCGCCCAGCAGUGGUGCUCCUGCCACGGAAGUGUCCUCUGCCACAGCUGAAGAGCCCUCGUCACCUUCCACUCCCACCCGGCGGCCUCCCUUCACCCGGGGGCGGCUCCGGCUGCUCUCCUUCCGCUCAGUGGAGGAGGCCAGACCGUUGCCCACAGUGAAAGAGAAGUACCCUGUGCUGAAGGAUGCCAUGGACUUCAUUAAAGAUCAGUCACUCUCCCACGAGAGUGUUGUAAAGGUUCUUUCCUUGAGGAAGGCCCAAGCCCGGAGCAUUCUCGAGGUCCUGAGGAUCAUUCAGUGUUGUACAGAGUCCCUUGGGCAGCCUCACUGCUUCCACCCGCCUUUCAUACUUUUCCUGUUGGAACUUCUGACCUGCCAGAAAGAGUUUACCAAUUAUUUUGGACACCUGGAGGGCUGUGGUGCGGAUCUACACAAAGAAAUUCGAGACACUUACUAUCAGUUUGUUCUGUUUUUGGUCAAAGCAGUUAAAGGAUUUAGUAACAUAAACGACAGGUCCUUGCUGCCUGCCUUGUCCUGUGUCCAGACAGCCCUGCUUCAUCUUUUGGAUAUGGGCUGGGAACCCAGUGAUCUCACCUUCUUUGUUGACAUUCAGUUACCAGAUCUCCUCAUGAAAAUGUCACAAGAAAAUAUAAGUGUCCAUGACAGUGUGAUCAGCCAAUGGAGUGAAGAAGAUGAGCUUGCUGAUGCCAAGCAGAAUUCAGAAUGGAUGGAUGAGUGUCAGGAUGGCAUGUUUGAGGCCUGGUAUGAAAAAAUAGCCCAGGAAGAUCCAGAGAAGCAGAGGAAAAUGCACAUGUUUAUUGCUCGCUACUGUGACCUCUUAAACGUGGACAUCUCUUGUGAUGGGUGUGACGAAAUUGCCCCCUGGCAUCGCUACCGGUGUCUGCAGUGCAGCGACAUGGAUCUCUGCAAGACUUGCUUCCUAGGUGGGGUGAAGCCUGAGGGCCACGGAGAUGACCACGAAAUGGUCAACAUGGAGUUUACGUGUGACCACUGCCAGGGUUUGAUCAUAGGCCGGAGGAUGAAUUGCAAUGUGUGCGAUGACUUUGACCUUUGCUAUGGAUGCUAUGCGGCCAAGAAAUAUUCCUAUGGCCACUUGCCUACCCACAGUAUCACUGCCCAUCCGAUGGUGACCAUCCGGAUCAGCGACCGGCAGAGGCUCAUCCAGCCCUACAUCCACAACUACUCCUGGCUGCUCUUCGCCGCCCUGGCUCUCUAUAGCACCCACCUGGCCAGUGCCGAGGACGUGGAUGGCGAAAAGCUGGAUCCCCAGGCCCGCAGCAGUGCUGCCACCCUGCGGAGCCAGUGCAUGCAGCUCGUCGGGGACUGUCUGAUGAAGGCUCACCAGGGAAAAGGUCUUAAAGCUCUAGCUCUUCUUGGUAUAUUGCCAGACGGUGACUCUACUUCAGAAAAGCAGGCCCCACCGGUCACUGUGCCCACCCAGACAUCAGAGGAGCAGCCAGAGAAAAAAGCCAUCCAGGCUGCUGUGGAGCCAGCCGAUGCAGGCCCAUUUGGGAAGAGGGAUGCCCCUAAGGAAGUCAGACCUUUAGACUGCAAGCAGAGGAGCAAGGCAGGGGGAGCUGCGUCACUACUGAAGGGUCCUUCCUGCCAGACGCAGAUUUCAGACUCACCUGCAGAUGCCUGUGCACCUCCAGAACUUCCAGAUGCUGAAAAUUCAGAAGCAUCAUCUCAGAAGCCCAUCGAGGAAAAGGCAGUUACUCCAAGCCCUGAGCAGGUGUUUGCUGAGUGUUCCCAGAAGAGGAUUUUGGGAUUAUUAGCAGCCAUGUUACCUCCCUUAAACUCGGAUCCCACAGUCCCCCUGAUAGACCUGGAGCACGUGCUCCCACUCAUGUUCCAGGUCGUCAUCUCAAAUGCAGGCCACCUGAAUGAAACGUAUCACCUCACCCUGGGUCUUCUUGGCCAGUUAAUCAUCCGCCUUUCACCAGUGGAGGUAGAUGCCGCAGUGACCAAGGUCCUCUCAGCCAAGCACAACCUGUUUGCAGCAGGGGACAGUUCCAUUGUGCCAGAUGGCUGGAAGACCACCCACCUGCUCUUUAGCCUGGGAGCUGUGUGUCUGGACAGCCGCGUGGGCUUGGACUGGGCCUGCUCCAUGGCGGAGAUCCUGCGGUCACUCAACAGCGCCCCCCUGUGGCGUGACGUCAUUGCCACCUUCACAGACCACUGCAUCAAGCAGCUGCCCUUCCAGCUGAAGCACACCAACAUCUUCACGCUGCUGGUGCUGGUCGGCUUCCCCCAGGUCCUCUGCGCGGGGACCCGCUGUGUUUAUAUGGAUAAUGCCAACGAGCCACAUAAUGUGAUCAUCUUGAAGCACUUUACUGAGAAGAACAGGGCUGUGAUCGUCAACGUCAAAACCCGGAAGAGGAAGACAGUGAAGGACUACCAGCUGGCCCAGAAAGGAGGAGGACCAGAAUGCAGCAACUCUCAGGCCCAGCUGAGCCAAUACUCCCAGCACUUUGCCUUUAUUGCCAGUCACCUUCUGCAAACCAGCGUGGACAGCCAUUGUCCCGAGGCAGUGGAAGCAACUUGGGUCCUGUCCCUGUCCCUCAAAGGAUUAUACAAAACACUAAAGGCUCAUGGUUUUGAAGAGACCCAUGCUACCUUCCUUCAGACUGAUUUGCUGAAGCUGCUGGUGAAAAAGUGCAGCAAAGGGACCGGCUUCAGUAAAACGUGGCUCCUCCGGGACCUGGAAAUUUUGUCCAUCAUGCUGUACUCCUCAAAAAAGGAGAUCAGCACUUUGGCUGAGCAUGGAGAGCUGGAGCUGGAUGAGCAAGGGGACCAAGAGGAAGAGGUGGAACGGUCAGUCAGCAGCCCGGGUGAGCCAGAGCAGAAGAAGCUGGACCCUCUCGAAAGCCUGGAUGAGCCCACCAGGAUAUGUUUCUUGAUGGCUCACGACGCCCUCAAUGCCCCUCUGCACAUUCUCCGGGCCAUAUACGAACUGCAGAUGAAGAGGACUGACUCUUUCUUCCUGGAGGUUCAGAAGAGGUUUGACGGGGAUGAGCUCACCACUGAUGAAAGGAUACGGACCCUGGCUCAGAGAUGGCAGCCCAGCAGGAGUCUGAGACUGGACGAGCAGAGCGCCAAAGCUGUGGAUACAGACAUGAUUAUAUUACCAUGCUUGUCCCGGCCCGCACGCUGUGACCAGGCCACCAUGGAGUCAAACCCCGUGACCCAGAAGCUGAUCUCCAGCACGGAGAGUGAACUGCAGCAGAGCUAUGCCAAGCAGCGGCGCAGCAAGAGCGCCGCCCUCCUGCACAAAGAGCUCAACUGCAAGAGCAAGAGGGCUGUGCGCGACUACCUCUUCCGCGUGAAUGAGGCCACAGCAGUCCUGUACGCCCGCCACGUGCUCGCAUCCUUGCUCGCUGAGUGGCCAGGGCACGUGCCGGUGAGCGAGGACAUCCUGGAGCUGAGUGGCCCUGCCCACAUGACCUACAUUCUGGAUAUGUUCAUGCAGCUGGAAGAAAAGCACCAGUGGGAGAAGAUACUGCAGAAGGUGCUCCAGGGCUGCCGAGAGAGCAUGCUAGGCACCAUGGCCCUGGCUGCCUGCCAGUUCAUGGAGGAGCCAGGAAUGGAGGUGCAAGUGAGGGAGUCGAAACACCCGUAUAACAACAACACCAACUUUGAGGAUAAAGUUCACAUUCCUGGUGCAAUCUACCUCUCAAUCAAAUUUGAUCCUCAGUGCAAUACAGAGGAAGGCUGUGACGAGCUAGCCAUGUCCAGCAGCAGUGACUUUAAGCAGGAUCGACACAACUUCAGUGGGUCUCAACAGAAAUGGAAAGAUUUUGAGCUUCCAGGAGAUACUCUGUAUUACCGCUUCACCUCUGACAUGAGCAACACCGAGUGGGGCUACAAAUUCACUGUGACGGCUGGGCACCUGGGGCGAUUCCAGACAGGAUUCGAGAUUUUGAAGCAGAUGCUGUCAGAGGAAAGAGUUGUGCCGCACCUCCCAUUGGCCAAAAUUUGGGAAUGGCUGGUGGGCGUGGCCUGUCGCCAGACUGGUCAUCAGCGGUUAAAAGCCAUCCACCUACUCCUGAGGAUCGUGCUCUGCUGCACCCACAGCGACCUCUGUGACCUCAUGCUGUUGAAGCCCCUGUGGCAGCUCUUCACCCAAAUGGAGUACAGCCUGUUUGAGGACGUGACACAGCCUGGCAUCCUGCUGCCCCUGCAUCGCGCCCUUACCGAGCUCUUCUUUGUCACUGAGAACCGCGCCCAGGAGCUCGGCCUGCUGCAGGAUUACCUGCUGGCCUUAACCACCGACGACCACCUUCUGCGCUGCGCGGCGCAGGCUCUGCAGAACAUUGCUGCUAUCAGCCUGGCCAUCAACUACCCAAACAAGGCCACCCGCCUCUGGAAUGUUGAGUGUUAG